CCAAUCGAAUUUUUUCCGUGUAAUAACAAGAAUCUAUAAAAAUAAGCUUUUCAUUCUUAUUUUUUCUUUUAUCGACAUGGCAAAACCGAAAGGCUAUCAUAAGUUCCUUUCGCUGGCUCUAUUGGUGUCGUCUGUUGUCGCGCAUGAAGGCCGUGGAACAGGACUAAUUACUCGUUGCGAAGCUCCUGGAACAAAUGGCUAUUUCGUUUCCAGAGACAAGUUUCCUUAUUCCAGUGCAGAAUCCGCAUGUCAUGCUUUAGGUGGCUACUUGGCAGAUUUAAGUGAUCAGAACUUUUUAAUUGCCUCCGAUUUUGUAUUCUCUUGUGCCGGGCCAAAUAAGCUUAUAUUAUGGUCAGAUCAUGGAACUAUAAUCAAAUCAUAGAUCUUAAUUCGGAUUGUUUAUCCGUAUUUGUUGGCAGUGCUAUUCCAAGUGGUGGUGUUGAUAAAAUUUGUCCUGGUGAUAGACCUGUCUUGUGCCAAGUGUCUCCAUCAACUGUAACUCACAAUUCUUUGUACUCUCAGACUGAUGAAGGAAACAUCUUGCAUACAGCACCAAUUUCUAUGCAUAUUCCUCAAACAAUUGAUGCUGGUCCAUCACACUAUCCAUACUAUCCUCCUCCGGUUUAUGCUCCGGGUUAUCCCUAUGCCUAUCCUGGUGGAUAUCCUAUUCCAGUAUACCCCCAUAGCUAUCUUAAAGACAAGAAAGAAGGCCAUAAUGAAACUGUUACUAUUCUUGGUC